UUUGGCUCAUGGUAUGCGAGGCAAUUGCGAGCGUUGGUUGACAGACAUAGUCAGGCUCUUCAAGAUGCCGUGCUGGGAUAAAUGCGUUGGGGCGUGUGGCGUGUGUUUGCUGAUGACGAUUGCACAUUUAUGCGCUUGCUGUUUACCGCGAAGAAUUGGUGGGAAAAAGAAGUCGGCUGACCGUUCAUUUGACAAAUCGUUGAGGAACGGGCUUUUCAAGCGAAUUCUGUCAUGGACCCCAUACAAUGACAACACAAACACGACGACACUGAAGAUUCUCGUCAUAGGGCCAGAAGACAGUGGCAAGUCUGCCUUCAUUAACAGUCUGGUGUCCAUAUUCCUGGGGAAAAUAAUCCACCUUGAUGACAUGGAACAGUGCCUCGAGAAAAGGCUUACUCAUGGGAGAAAGGCCUUGCCUAUAGUCAUGUGUGAGUGUAAGGAAACAUCAGAAGAAGACAGCUUGUACGAUCAAGUCUUAAGGGCGAUUGAAGCACAGACGCCAGCCGGAGAAAACGUGUCUACAAACACAAUGACAAUAAUGACUGAGGAGGUGGCUCCAGAUACGUCAUUGGGAGUUAUCUUUGUCGUCGAUGUUCAGAAGAUUGCAGGCUUAAUGCAAACAGACUUAGUGGCCAAGUAUGAUAGCAUCGCUGACCUUCUCAAACAUUUCGAUGUUCCAAGGUGUGUGGUUCUGACACAUGCUGACAUUUUGGAGCCUGAUGUACGAGCUGUAUUCGGAAAUGGAGCUGUGAAAACUGCAUUGCUUCAGGCCCAGAUGAUGUUUGACCUUCCUGAACAUGAUGUAUUUCCCGUGAAGUGCUACACAGACGAGCAGCAGCUUCACCAGAACAUGGACAUAUUGCUUCUUAAUGCGUUGGAUUCCAUUUUAGAAAUUCUAGACAGAAAUAAUGUAACUUGAAUAUACGGUCAUGUUUGUUUAACGUCACUCAACGACAUGCUAAUUAUAAGACGAACGCAUGUGGUCGCGUAUGUAUUCGAACAUGGGCCAACAUGAGCAAAGUUUCACUCCGUCUUUAAAAUAUAAUAUUGUUUGUUUGUUUGAUUUAUUGUUUAAAUUCACACUCAGCAAUAUUCCAGUUAUAUGAUUGCGGCUGUAAAUAAUUUUAUCUAGAUGAGAUAUCCAGUGAUUGAGGGCGGUCGGUUGGUCUUGUGGUUAAAGCGUUCGCUCGUCAUGCCGAAGACCCGGGUUCGAUUCCCGAUAUGGGUACAAUGUGUAAAGCUCAUUUCUAGUGUCCCCGCCGUGAUAUUGCUGGAAUAUUGCCAAUAGCGGCGUAAAACCAUACUCACUCACUCACUUCAGUGAUUGAAAUUAUGAACUACAAUCCAUUCCGGAGUACAAUGACAUGCAAAUAACCAAGUCACCGAGUGUUACCACCCGAUCAUCAAGUCACCGAGUGUUACCACCCGAUCAUCAAGUCACCGAGUGUUACCACCCGAUCACCUAGUCACCGAGUGUUACCACCCGAUCAUCGAUAUCAAGUCACCGAGUGUGACCACCCGAUCACCUAGUCACCGAGUGUUACCACCCGAUCAUCAAGUCACCGAGUGUUACCACCCGAUCACCAAGUCACCGAGUGUUACCAGCCGAUCAUCAAGUCACCGAGUGUUACCACCCGAUCAUCACGUCACUGAGUGUUACCACCCGAUCAUCAAGUCACCGAGUGUUACCACCCGAUCACCUAGUCACCGAGUGUUACCACCCGAUCAUCAAGUCACCGAGUGUUACCACCCGAUCAUCAAGUCACCGAGUGUUACCACCCGAUCAUCAAGUCACCGAGUGUUACCACCCGAUCAUCACGUCAGUGAGUGUUACCACCCGAUCAUCAAGUCAGUGAGUGUUACCACCCGAUCAUCAAGUCACCGAGUGUUACCACCCGAUCAUCAAGUCACCGAGUGUUACCACCCGAUCACCAAGUCACCGAGUGUUACCACCCGAUCAUCAAGUCACCGAGUGUUACCACCCGAUCAUCACGUCACUGAGUGUUACCACCCGAUCAUCAAGUCACCGAGUGUUAACACCCGAUCACCAAGUCACCGAGUGUUACCACCCGAUCAUCAAGUCACCGAGUGUUACCACCCGAUCAUCAAGUCACCGAGUGUUACCACCCGAUCAUCAAGUCACCGAGUGUUACCACCCGAUCAUCAAGUCACCGAGUGUUACCACCCGAUCAUCAAGUCACCGAGUGUUACCGACCGAUCAUCAAGUCACCGAGUGUUACCACCCGAUCACCUAGUCACCGAGUGUUACCACCCGAUCAUCAAGUCACCGAGUGUUACCACCCGAUCAUCACGUCACCGAGUGUUACCACCCGAUCAUCACGUCACCGAGUGUUACCACCCGAUCAUCAAGUCACCGAGUGUUACCACCCGAUCACCAAGUCACCGAGUGUUACCACCCGAUCACCUAGUCACCGAGUGUUACCACCCGAUCAUCAAGUCACCGAGUGUUACCACCCGAUCAUCAAGUCACCGAGUGUUACCACCCGAUCAUCACGUCACCGAGUGUUACCACCCGAUCAUCACGUCACCGAGUGUUACCACCCGAUCACCAAUUCACCGAGUGUUACCACCCGAUCAUCAAGUCACCGAGUGUUACCACCCGAUCACCUAGUCACCGAGUGUUACCACCCGAUCAUCAAGUCACCGAGUGUUACCACCCGAUCCACCCGACCACUUGUACAACUUGGCAACUUGUAACCCGGAAUCCCAAAGAGGAUCAAAAUUAGAUUUACAACAGACUAAAGAGGUUGCUAUUGUUUAAAGAAAGAUUCACAAGCGAAAUGCCAUCUUUAAUAUUGAUAAUUAUCAAUUAUAGUUACCAAUCAACCUACAUGUAGCCUAGUGGUUAAAACGUUCGCUCGUCUCGCCGAAGGCCCAUGGAUUACAAUGUGUGAAGCCCAUUUCUAGUGUCCCCCGACAUGAUAUUGCUGAAAUAUUGCUAUAAGUCACUCAAUAAAUCACGUGUAAUUAUCAUCGAUGCUGCAAUAAAAUGGCUAUUUGAACUUUA